ACAUUAUUGCCAAGUGACAAAUGUGGCAAGUGGCCGUGGUCUGCUGCGUCGCUGCUGCCGCCAUCGCCGCUCCCUCUGGGGAACAUUCUGCGCUGUCCAAGGAGGAUUUAUGCGCUAUUGACAUUGACCAUUCCAAAUACGCCCUGAACCUCAUCAACGUGGCCAAGAAUGUGUCGUCGGCACCGCGCAUCCUGUGCCUCGUCAACACGAUGUCUGUCCACCACAACACCCGCGUGCAAGCCAUCCGAGACACAUGGGGCCAGCGUUGCGCGAAGCUGCUCUUCUUUAGCAAUGCGACGGACGCCACCACACCAGACAUUGUCCAACUGGACACACAAGCUGACCACAACCACCUCUGGCAAAAGCACAAACAUACGCUGCAAUAUGCAUGGGACCACCAUCGGUUCGACGGUUUCGACUGGUUCUACAAGUCGGACGACGACGCGUACGUAAUCGUGGAGAACCUGCAAGCGUUCCUGCGACUUCCAGAAGUCGUCAUGCGGCAAGACGUCGUGCCGCUCACGUUUGGCCAUCGGUACAAGCUGACCCCCGACCUCGUCGACUACUACGUUGUGAACAAGACAUUGCUCGCGCAGUUCAAGCAACUGACACACAACCGAUGGGUGUUCAACUCGGGGGGGCCUGGGUAUGCCAUGAACCCUCUGUACGUGCAGACGGUCGUCGAGUCACUGCACCGGACGACGUGCUUGAGCGACAAAUAUUGCGAAAUGCUUCCAGAUGAUGCCGCGAUCUCGUUUUGCAUGGUCUGGCAUAACGUGUACCCGUCGAAUACGCGGGACUUGUCGCAUCGGGAACGAUGGCAUGCAGACAAGCCUCGAGGUAUAUCCAGAACUGAAAGAACGAAGGUGGUGAGGUGGAGAGAAUUGAGGGAAUGUAUGGUAGGCGUGUACUUUACCGACGUGACUACUCCGUCGUACUGGCUCGUGCAAUAUCACGACGGAAUCGGCGGUGCCGCGCGCCAUGACGCGUGUUGUUCGCCCGAUAGCGUAGCCUUCCACUACGUCCUUCCGCCAUUGAUGUAUCACAUGGAGCGACAGCUGUACUAUUGUCGGAGCGACGGGGACAAGGACUUGGCGGCGUUCAAUACGCGCACAGGCUUGGCAAUCUCGUCCGAGAUCCUCAAGCCAACCCGGCUCGCUGUCGAGUACGGUCCAGUACCCGACGUCUAAUCAUCAUGUUCUCCAAGCCUUCGUUCGUCGUUCGUUGGAUGGUUGUCGUGGACGAACAUUUCAGUCGUUCCAUUGGACAACUCGGGGGAUAUGCACCCACGAGAAGUGAAAGUAGCCGCUGCUUCGAAAAUCAAAUAUUUCGAUACAUUUUCGGAUAUACCUCGUGGAAUCCAUGCAUUUCCGGAUAAACCUGUCGAAUACAAUGCCCCCUCAACAUUUUGC